CACACAAAUGAGAUACCAAAGAACGAACAAGACAUAUUCAACCAAUUGACAGAGAUCCGUACCAAACUAUCAAUCUUGAAAAAAGAUCGUUCUCAAUAUCUAAAUUCAAAAGAUGUUUUAUCCAUAUAUACAAACGUUUUAACAUUAGUUAAAAAUUUAAACAAUAUUAGACAUCAAGUUGAAGACAGAAUCUCCAAUAGAGUGGAUCAGGUCGUUGAUGAUGUCUUCCAGUUAUUAUCCCUUUUCUUCAUCACUGUUGGGUUGAGUAAAACUGCUCCGGCAACUUAUGCCUCAUUAUCUACUGUGCAAAGAUUAUUGGAACAUUUGAAUGAAUCAAGAGUUUAUACUCAUCAUGAUUUGAAACCUAUCAAGGAAAGAUUGAGUGAGAUUGAGGAGAUUAUUGAAGAGAAUAAAAAUCCUGUAGAUGAAGAGGAGGAUUUCUUGUUAAAGAGGAAAUUAAAAGAGUGUCAAUUGGAGUAUAAUGAAGUUGAAAAUAAAGUUGAAGAUGUUGAUAAUUCUUUAAAUUCUUUAUUGGAGGAAUUAAUCACAACAAGAAGAAAAUUGUUGAGUAUUGCAGCUAGACCAGAUUUUAAAACCCAGGAAUUAACUCCAUUAAAAUUAAAAUUACAAGAAUUGGGUAAACAUCGUGAUCUAAAUGGGAAAUUUACAUCUUUGGAAACUGGGAAAUUUGAAGAAAAUGGUCAAAGUGUUUUGAAUGGGUUAUAUGAUGAUUGUAAUAUUUUGAUCAAAGAUUUAGAAGCUCAUAAAUUUGAAUUGGAUGAUAAUUUAAAACCUAUUUAUGAUCGGUUAAUUAAUUUGAAAACAACAUUGGAAGAUUUAUUAGUUACAAGAAGAUGGACCCUAAGAGAAACUGAUUUAUACACUUAUCAAAAAAAUUUACAAGAAUUGGAUGACCUAAGAGUUGAUGGUAAAUUCCCAACAAAAGAUGAAUCUAAAAGUAAUAAAGGUCAAUCAAUUUUGUUGUAUUUAUUAAGAAGAUGUUAUGCAAUCAUUUACAAGCUUUUGGAAUCAAGUGAACCGGUGAGUGAAGCAUUACAACCAAUUCAUAAUCAAUUAUCAACAGUACGUAGAUGUCUUAUGGAAGUUAGAAGAAUGGGUGGUAUUAAUUCUGCAAGAGAAUUAUAUCCAUAUCAAAUGAAGUUGGCAUCAUUGGAUAAUCUGAGAGAAGAUGGGAAAUUUAUAGUGGAUGGUCAAAUUCCUGAAGGUCAAGGUACUUUAAAUGCCUUGUUGGCUGAAUGUUAUGAUAUUUGUCAAGAGAUGAAGGUUGAAGCUGAAGAAAAUGAAACUGAAGAACAAGGGGUCUCGGAUGAUGUUGAUGAUGGUACUAAUCUUUAUGAUCAUGAUGAUGAAGAGGAA